AUGAGUGACUUGUUUACCCUUCUAGGGGACCCCGUGACUGACCCUGAGGAAGAGUCCUUCGUUGUCUUUUCGCAUGAUGUUCCUUCUCAGCAGUCUCUGGGCUUCAUCGACUCACAGGCAGCCGAGAUCGAGAUCAGCAUCGGUGGCAGAGACCUGACUAUCCGCCAGUCGCGGGGCCUUCUCACCUCGGACCGCAAGGAGGGCACCACGGGCGCAGUCGUCUGGAAAGUAACGCCCCUCUUCGCUGAAUGGAUAGCCUCCCCAAACUUCCUUUCUAAGCACGGCUUCCUUGGCUCUGAUAACGUAGCCAUCGAGCUCGGAGCAGGCGUCUCCGGGCUCGUUGCCUUGACACUCGGUCCGAAGAUUAAGAAGUACAUCGCCACCGAUCAAGACUACGUUAUCAGGCUGUUGAAGCGGAACAUUGCCGAGAACUUGCCCACCAUUAACACCAGAAAACCAAAGCCGAAGAAGAAAACAUCUCAUUCGAUAUCAGAGAGUGUAUGCGGCAUUGAAACACUGGAGCUAGACUGGGAACUGAACUCUGUCUCUUCGCUACCUUCGCAGCUCGGUCUGAGUGGCGAGGGUGCAGGUUUCGACCUCGUCAUUGCUUGCGACUGUAUUUACAACGAGAGUCUCAUCGAGCCACUGAACAGCACAUGUGCGCAGAUAUGCAAGCUCCGUUCCCUAGACGGGAAAGAUAGACCAACGCUUUGCCUCGUGGCACAGCAGCUACGCUCCCAUGAGGUGUUUGAAGCCUGGCUCAAGAGUUUCAAUUCUCUCUUCAAGGUUUGGCAAGUGCCCGAUGCGCUCUUGACCGCACCUUUGAGAGUGAAUUCUGGCUUUAUUGUUCACAUUGGAGUAGUACGAUGA